AUGAUUUUUAGUGUUUAUUGUUUGUUAAAAUUAGAAAAUGCUGUUGAAAAAAAGAUUUGUGAAAUUGAAAAUGAAAUGCAAAAUAUUUUUUCCUUUUUAAAUGUUAAUAAUAAAUUAUACAGCUCUUGCUUGUCAUACAAGAAAAAUUCUUUGACAAAAAAACCAGCAUUCUACUUAAAUAGAUAUAGAAAGGAUAAAAAGAAAAAUAAUCAAAGACAGAAAAAUCUAGUAAUACAUAGUUUUCUCAUUAAAAAAAAAACUCAAUUAAAAAAAGAAUAUGCAAAUAAAAAAAAACUAAUAAAAGAAGAAAAAAAUAUAAAUAAAAAUUUGACCAUUAUUCAAAAUAGAAUAUCAAGCUGUAUAUAUAAUAUAUAUGAUGAAAGAGAGAUAAAAGUGAAGUGUAAGAAGAAAAAAAAAUGUAAUCAUUCUGUUAAAUUAAUAAGAGAAAUAAAUUUAAAAAAUAAGAAUUGUGUGUUAUCCUUAGCUCAAAGCAAAGAUAUGAAUUAUUUAUUGGCUGGUUUAGAUAAUGGUACUUUGUAUAUUUAUGAUUUUUCAAAGGAAGAUAUUAAUAACAAUCAUAAUAAAAAUGUGAUGACAUAUAGUAAUUUCAAUAAAAAUUAUAAUGAUAAUUUUUUACUUAUUCAUGAUGGUGCUAUUAUAAAUAUUCAGUUUUCUAAUACAAAUGAAAAAUUUUUUUUUACUGUUGGUAUAGAUAAAAAAAUUAAGAUAUGGAAAAUUAAUAAAAAUAUAUGCUUUAAAGAUAUUGAAGAAGUAAGUAAAGUAAAUUUAAAAUUUGUUUGCGAAAUGAAAUUUAAUUAUCAUAUUACCAAUUGCAUUUUUCAUUCAAAUAUAAAAGAUACCCUAAUAAUAGGUUUUAUUAAUGGUAUUAUAAAAAUAGUAAAAUUAGCAAAAAAUUAUGAAGAGAAAUUUAAGUCAAAUAUUAUAGAAAUAGAAAAGAAGAAAAAUAUUUAUUUUAACGAUUACAUGAACAAUCCAAUCAUUAAUUCAAAUAAGAGUUUCUUUAAUUAUUUCACUGAAAAUUCUUUUAAUAAUUCUCAUAAUAAUAAUUUUUUUAAUAAUUCAAAUAAUAAUUGUUGUAAUAACAAAAAGAAUGUUUUUAGAAAGUCAUAUAAUAAAAAUUUUUUUGAAACAAAUUUUUUAGAAAAUAUGAGUAAUUUAAAAAAGAAAAAAAAAAAAAUUUAUGAAUUAAGUGUUACUAAGCAAAUAAGAACAAAAUUUCCUAUAUGUGCUUUGGCUGUGUCAAUAUAUAAAAAUUUAUUAUUUGUUGGUAUGUGUAAUGGAAUAGUGAAUAUUUAUACAAAUAAUUAUGAAUUUAAAAAAGAGUUAAUAUGCAGAAGUAAAAAAGGAAUUUAUUCAAAGGGAAAACAAGUAAGUAGUAUAAAGUUUAAUGAAAAUUUAAAUUUAAUUAUUGUUACAACUCUAGACAAUAGAAUUAGAAUUUUUGAUAAAAAAAAAUUAUUUUUAAUAUAUAAAUUAAAAGGCUAUAAUAAUUGUUCUUUAUCCUUUGAAUCAAAAAUUUUUGUAAGUGUAAUUAAUUCAAGAAAAAAUAACAACAAAAAUUAUGAUAUAUAUAAAAAAAUAUAUAAUAAAAAUUACAAAGCUUAUGAGCAAAUAUAUAACAAAGAAAAAAAAAAAAAAUAUUAUAAAGUAAAUUCUUCCUUCCUUCGAUUUAAUACUAUUAAUACAAAUAAGAAUAUUGAAAAUAAUGAUUUAGUAGAUUUCACAAAAUCAAACAACUUUAAAAAAAAUUUUAAAAUAAUUUCACCAAGCGAUAGUGGUAAAAUAUAUAUGUGGAAUUUUUCUUUAUCUUUAGAAAAGGACAAUACAAUUCCUACAUUAGGAUCGCAAUACAUUUAUUCAAAGAAUUCCAUGAAUUUUUUUUGUCAUAACUUAAAAAAAAAAAAUAGUAGACAACAGUAUUUUAUGCAUAAUAAAGAUAUCAGUGUAAGAACUAAUAAUUCUAAAGAAAAAUUUGCCAAUAAUAUUCAAAUAAGAAGCAAUCAUCUACAAGAGUAUAUGCAAAAUCAUACCAGUAGUAAUAUUCACUUCAGUAGUACACAAGCAAUAUUAAAAAAAAAAAAGAGCAUAAAUAAGAAUAAUUUUUUUCAAAAAAUCAAAAAAAAUUUCUUUAAAAAAUCCUCUUCGCUUAAUUCAAAAAAAAAAGAACAAAUUAAUUUUAAUAAUAUCAUAAAAUUUCAUAAAUAUACAAAUGGUGAAGGUUAUCAUUUUUCAAUAAGUAAAUUAAUCGAUAAACAUAAAAGAAAAAAAAAAAAAAAAAUUAAAUCAUUAAAUAAUUUAGAUUAUUUUAUUUCUCAUGAAAACAAAAAAAUAUCAGCUUCUUAUAUUUCUAAUGAAUUUUUUUAUAUUCAAAAUAAUUCUAAUGAAAAAAAAAGUCUAUAUGAAAAAAGAGUAGACAACUCAAAAAUAAAUUUCUUACAAAAAAUUAAAAACACUUUAAAAAAUAAAAAAAAAAAUAAUACAAAUAAAUAUUCAUUAUUUAAAAAAUAUGAACACAGUUUUCAUGAUAAUAUUUCUUGUUGUAAAACAUCUUGUUCAAAAAAUAUGUCUUUUCAAAAAAAUAAUAAUGAAAAUAGCAUUUCAAAAGAUAUGCAUUUACAAAAACAUUUCUUAAUUAUUACAGCAAAUGGUAAUUGUAUUAAAAUUUUUAUGUGUUAUGAAAAAAGUUAA